AGGGAGCAGCAGGCAGGCUUGGCCCAGAGAGCCCCCAGCCAGGCCCAGAGGCAGCAGGACAGGGGCGGGUCCUGCAUAGGCCCAGGCCACCCCUCCUCCCUGCCCCCUCCCCACCUGCAGUCUUUGCCUUCCUCAGCUCUUCUUCCCAGACAGGCUGGGCGGCUGCUGACCCCGGCAGCUCUGGCACCCUCUCCUCAGGGCAGCAGCUGCCACCCCAGCUCAGACAGAGGGCCAUGGCCUGGGAGGCCCCAUACCUGCUGCCCCUUGUCCUGCUGGUGCUCCUGGCCUCAGUCAACCAACCCAGGCUUGACGAGGAGCCUGAAAACCCACGAUACUUCAUCAGGGAUUACCCCGGACAGGGGUACUUCACCGUCAACAUGACUGCGCUGGCAGAGCAGGACUCGGGUUUGUAUUGGUGUGGACUCCAUGAAUCUUCCCGGAUCAACAUUCUCAGAACUGUCAGUCUGGCGGUCUCUCAGGGUGAGUCCUUCCCUCUGUGGGUGCUUCUCAGGGUCCCUGAGCCACAGGAAGCUGAUGCUGGAAAGGACCUAAUGAGGUCCCCCAGCCCCCAUGGCUGAACCCCAGGCCCCUUCCUG